CAGAUCUCGAAAACGUGGUACCUUUUUCUACCCCGAGUGUUCGUGGACAAGAACAAUUGUUUUCGAGUCCUCGCGCAGGAGCAACUGAAGAUUUCGACGAGAACAAUAGCAAAACAACACGCACGCGAGCCAGUAGCAGUACGCGAAGCACAAUGACUGGACCUUCAUCUUCAUCUUCAUCUUCGAACAUCGAAGAAGUAGAACAACAAGUUCUCAGCACUAAGAAGACUGCUCGCGAAUCUGCUCCACAACAGCGCCAACCUCCACCAACUCGCUCCUUUCCUUCUAAGAAUACGACACCAUUGUGGAAAAAGAAGCUGAGAAUGAAAGCCGAACGUGACGCGCAGCUGUUUUCCCUGCAACAAGACAGUAUGGCGCGACGGCGGCUUCCAGAAACUUCUGAGAUGGACAUCUUCAAAAAGGAGACAUAUAUUUGUUCGAGACCACCAGGAACAAGAUCUCAUGGUCAUCACUUGAAGAUGGGCGGAAGCAGUAUGAACCACGAGGACGCAAGAAGAAGAGGAGUUUUGCUGGGAUCACGUCGAUACGACUACGACAACCACAAUAGUUCUGAGUUGUCACCAAGAGCACAUGAUCACCGAGGACUUCGAUACAUGCGGGGUCGUGGUCGUGGACCUUCAGGUUCAUCGUCCACUUUUUUCGACAACGAGUAUCAACAUCGUGAUUAUCACCGUGGGAGCAGUGCUCAGAUGAAUCUUGGUGGAACAAGCACACCAGGGUGUGGCACUAGUAAAAUGAAUCAGCAG